UUCGCCACUUUUCAUCCGGUUCCGGUGGCGUUGAAAGUUGUGGGGCACGUGGGGCAGACCGCUUCACCUUCACUAUUUAAUUUUUUUUAAAAAAGUUUAAUUUAUAGUCUGAUCGCACUCCAAAGGAAAAAUGGGGAAAGGGGCUGCAGGUGAGAAAUAUGAGCUUGCGGCAACAUCAGAAAAUGCCAAGCGGACAAAGAAAAACAAGAAGUCAAAGGCUGUUGAUAUGGAUGAUCUUAAGAAAGAAGUUGCAUUGGAUGAUCAUAAACUGAGCCUGGAUGAGCUCCACCAGAAAUAUGGGACCGACCUGACACAGGGUCUCAGUACUACUCGUGCUAAGGAGAUUCUUGCUCGUGAUGGCCCCAAUGCACUAACGCCUCCGCCCACAACUCCGGAGUGGGUGAAGUUCUGUAAGCAGCUCUUUGGUGGCUUCUCAAUCCUCCUGUGGAUUGGUGCAAUUCUUUGCUUUUUGGCCUACGGUAUUCAAGCUGCAACUGCAGAGAAUCCAGCAAAUGAUAAUUUAUACCUCGGAAUUGUGUUGUCUACUGUGGUCAUAAUAACUGGCUGCUUCUCAUACUACCAAGAAGCUAAGAGCUCAAGGAUCAUGGAUUCUUUCAAGAACAUGGUACCCCAGCAAGCCCUGGUCAUCAGAGAUGGAGAGAAAAGCCUUAUUAAUGCUGAGCAGGUGGUUCUUGGAGAUCUGGUGGAGGUAAAAGGUGGCGACCGUAUUCCUGCAGACUUACGAAUAAUCUCUGCACAUGGUUGCAAGGUGGACAAUUCUUCAUUAACAGGAGAAUCUGAACCUCAGACUAGAUCUCCUGAAUGUUCCAGUGAUAAUCCCCUGGAGACUCGAAACAUUGCGUUCUUUUCAACCAAUUGUGUUGAAGGUACUGCUCGAGGUGUUGUUAUCAAUACGGGUGAUCAUACUGUUAUGGGGAGAAUUGCAACUUUAGCAUCUGGGCUGGAGGUUGGACAGACUCCAAUUUCUAUUGAGAUUGAGCAUUUCAUCCACAUCAUCACUGGAGUAGCAGUCUUCCUUGGUGUGUCCUUCUUCAUUCUCUCACUCAUCUUGGGAUACAGCUGGCUGGAAGCAGUCAUCUUCUUGAUUGGAAUCAUUGUCGCUAAUGUACCAGAGGGAUUACUUGCUACUGUGACAGUAUGUCUAACCCUGACAGCUAAACGUAUGGCACGGAAGAACUGCCUGGUGAAGAAUCUUGAAGCUGUUGAGACACUAGGAUCCACCUCCACCAUCUGCUCAGACAAAACUGGGACAUUAACACAAAAUCGAAUGACUGUUGCUCACAUGUGGUUUGACAACCAGGUCCAUGAAGCUGAUACAACUGAAAACCAGAGUGGUGUUUCUUUUGACAAGUCUUCUCCAACUUGGGCUGCACUUUCCCGCAUUGCUGCACUGUGCAACCGGGCAGUCUUCCAGGCAGGACAAGAAAAUGUGCCAAUCUUGAAGAGAAGUGUUGCUGGAGAUGCCUCUGAAUCUGCUCUCUUGAAGUGUAUUGAGUUGUGUUGUGGAUCGGUUCAGCAAAUGAGGUCACGCAACCCGAAAAUUGUGGAAAUACCAUUCAACUCCACCAACAAAUAUCAGUUAUCCAUACAUGAGAAUGAAAAAGGUGACAGCCGCUACCUGUUAGUGAUGAAGGGAGCACCAGAACGGAUUCUAGACCGCUGCUCCACUAUCCUUCUAAAUGGCGAAGAUAAACCGUUGACUGAGGAAUUGAAGGACGCUUUCCAGAAUGCUUACUUGGAGCUCGGUGGCUUGGGAGAGAGAGUGUUAGGGUUCUGUCAUUUAAAUCUACCUGAUAGCAAGUUUACUGAAGGGUAUCAGUUUGAUGUGGAAGAGCCCAAUUUCCCUACAAGUGAUCUGUGCUUCGUUGGACUGAUGUCUAUGAUUGAUCCACCCCGUGCUGCUGUACCAGAUGCUGUUGGAAAGUGCAGGAGUGCUGGGAUCAAGGUCAUAAUGGUAACAGGUGACCAUCCAAUCACUGCCAAAGCUAUUGCAAAGGGUGUUGGGAUCAUCUCAGAAGGAAAUGAGACUGUAGAAGAUAUUGCUGCUCGUCUGAACGUGCCCAUCAAUGAAGUUAAUCCCAGGGAUGCCAAAGCCUGUGUAGUCCAUGGUACAGAACUUAAAGAUUUGACCCCUGAGCAAUUGGAUGAUAUUUUACGCCAUCAUACCGAGAUAGUCUUUGCUCGAACUUCACCUCAGCAGAAGCUGAUUAUUGUGGAGGGCUGUCAGCGACAGGGUGCCAUUGUAGCUGUCACAGGUGAUGGAGUGAAUGAUUCUCCUGCUCUGAAGAAGGCUGAUAUUGGUGUUGCUAUGGGUAUUGCUGGCUCUGAUGUUUCCAAGCAAGCUGCUGACAUGAUACUGCUGGAUGAUAACUUUGCCUCUAUUGUUACUGGCGUGGAAGAAGGUCGUCUGAUUUUUGAUAAUCUUAAGAAAUCAAUUGCAUACACGUUAACCAGUAACAUCCCUGAAAUCACACCCUUCCUGGUAUUCAUCCUCGCAAACAUCCCAUUGCCUCUUGGAACGGUUACCAUCCUCUGCAUUGAUCUGGGUACUGACAUGGUUCCUGCCAUCUCACUUGCUUAUGAGCAGGCUGAAAGUGAUAUCAUGAAGAGACAGCCACGUAAUCCGAAGACAGACAAACUGGUGAAUGAGAGGUUGAUCAGUAUGGCAUAUGGACAGAUAGGAAUGAUCCAAGCCUUGGCUGGAUUUUUCACAUAUUUUGUGAUCUUGGCUGAGAAUGGAUUUCUCCCACUUGAUCUAAUUGGAUUACGUGAAGAUUGGGAUGAGUUAUGGGUAGAUGAUAUAGAAGACAGUUAUGGCCAACAAUGGACUUACAACCAGCGGAAAAUUGUUGAGUAUACUUGUCACACUGCAUUCUUUGUCAGCAUUGUGAUAGUGCAGUGGGCUGACUUGAUCAUCUGUAAGACCAGAAGAAACUCCAUCUUUCAACAGGGAAUGAAGAACAAGAUUCUAAUCUUCGGUUUGUUUGAAGAGACAGCACUUGCUGCUUUCCUUUCAUACACUCCUGGCACUGAUGUAGCACUCCGGAUGUACCCACUCAAACCCGGCUGGUGGUUCUGUGCCUUUCCAUACAGUCUUAUAAUAUUUAUUUAUGAUGAAGCACGAAGAUUUCUCAUCCGUAGGAACCCCGGAGGUUGGGUGGAGCAAGAAACGUAUUACUAGAAGAACAAGUGCUAAUACAUUUCAACAAUGUUUGUCUGCCUUAACUGUUAAACAUUUACUAAAGUGCUAAUUGUGAGUGGAGAUGAACUGUUUUGUAAGAAACAGAACAAAAGUCAGUAGUUUUAUAUAAACUUUUUACAAGUAUAACUUAAAUAAAUUGAAUUGUCAAUUUG